AUGUAUUUAUUACAAUUGGUGAAGAAACUAGCUUCAAUGUUUGCUCUCUCUUCCGCAGGCCGACCAUCCAUGCUAAUCUAUAGCCAAGAUGAUAAUCAUCAGGAGUUGGUGGAAAGAAGGGUACAUGAACAUGAGAGAAUGCUGAAGAUGAAUUCAAGAGACUAUGGUCAGUACAAUCCUACACCAAGGCUCGGCAGGCCUCCUUCCAAGCUUAUUCCCAACUAA